AUGGUUAAAGUGGCAUUUGCAGGCAGGAUUGUGGUUGAAGUGGCAUUUGUAGGUAGGACUGUGGUUGAAGUGGCAUUUGUGGGUAGGAUUGUCAAAGUGGCAUUAGUACCUUGGCUUGUGGUUAAAGUGGCAUUUGUAGAUGGGAUUGUGGUUGAAGUGGCAUUUGUAGGUAGGACUGCGGUUGACGUUGCAUUUAAAACGGCAAUUGUAGGAAAGAUUGUUGUUGAAGUGGCAUUUGUAGGUAGGAUUGUUGUUGAAGUAACAUUAGUAGCUUGGCUUGUGGUUGAAGUGGCAUUUGUAGGUAGGAUUGUGGUUGAAGUGGCAUUUGCAGGUAGGAUUGUGGUUAAAGUGGCAUUUGUAGGUAGGACUGCGGUUGAAGUGACAUUUGUGGGUAGGAUUGUCAAAGUGGCAUUUGUAGGUAGGAUUGUGGUUGAAGUGGCAUUUGCAGGUAGGAUUGUGGUUAAAGUGGCAUUUGUAGGUAGGACUGCGGUUGAAGUGGCAUUUGUAGGUAGGAUUGUCAAAGUGGCAUUUGUAGGUAGGAUUGUGGUUGAAGUGGCAUUUGCAGGCAGGAUUGUGGUUGAAGUGGCAUUUGUAGGUAGGACUGUGGUUGAAGUGGCAUUUGUGGGUAGGAUUGUCAAAGUGGCAUUAGUACCUUGGCUUGUGGUUAAAGUGGCAUUUGUAGGUAGGAUUGUGGUUGAUGUGGCAUUUGUAGGUAGGACUGCGGUUGACGUUGCAUUUAAAACGGCAAUUGUAGGAAAGAUUGUUGUUGAAGUGGCAUUUGUAGGUAGGAUUGUUGUUGAAGUAACAUUAGUAGCUUGGCUUGUGGUUGAAGUGGCAUUUGUAGGUAGGAUUGUGGUUGAAGUGGCAUUUGCAGGUAGGAUUGUGGUUAAAGUGGCAUUUGUAGGUAGGACUGCGGUUGAAGUGACAUUUGUGGGUAGGAUUGUCAAAGUGGCAUUUGUAGGUAGGAUUGUGGUUGAAGUGGCAUUUGUAGGUCGGAUUGUGGUUGACGUGGCAUUUGAAGUAGCAUUAGUAGCUUGGCUUGUGGUUGAAGUGGCAUUUGCAGGUAGGAUUGUGGUUGAAGUGGCAUUUGUAGGUAGGAAUGGGGUUGAGGUGGCAUUCGUGGGCAGGAUUGUCAAAGUGGCAUAAAUAGCUUGGCUUGUGGUUAAAGUGGCAUUUGUAGGUAGGAUUGUGGUUAAAGUGGCAUUUGU